AUUUAUAAUCACAUAUUUAUUAAUUUCCCAAGUCACAGACUUAGAACGAGGCUAGAGGUUUUGAAGUGUUCGACAAGGAAUCUAUCGUAUUAUUAAUGUGCUUAGUGCGAGUAUUUUAACGUUCUCGUUGGCGUAAAAGUUAACUUAAUUUUGUAUGGAGUUGGAGCGUUUGCCUAUGUUAGCCGUCAGGGGCGCUGUUCCAACUCCAUACAAAUUUGAGUUAACUUUUACGCGAUCGAAAACGUUAAAAAACUCGCACCAGGCACGCAGUUCUGUUUCGUCACUGUCUACUCGUGUGUCACGUUAACGUUGGUUUCCGAUCCGGUGGUAGAUUCUGCGAAGCACUGCUCUUGCUAGGGUCAGUGUUAGCAACACUCUGGUUUGAGCCCCGUGAUCUCACCUACACGUUAGGGUGGAGCUGAAAUAUCCUCUCAAGGCUAUCAGCAUAGAUAGGAAAAAUAAAUAAAUUUUUGUUUACCUAUCCUUAAUAUACUAUAGUAAUUUAUUGUACUGUUACUUUUAAACUAACAAAUAAAGAUCGAGUGAUAACCGCGAGCCGCGGUAACCGGUUAUGAAACAGUUAUUAGUCCGUCUCGGUAAAGACGAGUUCUUAAUACGUAUUACCGGUAUUAACGAUGCGUGCUAUUGAAUGAUUCGUGCAUUAGGUCCACUUACAUGCGGACAGACUCAUGUAAUCUUUGUGUUACGCAAAUUCAGUGAACAGUGUAAGUGAAUUCUCAAGAUUCCCGAGAAAGACUCAUACUUCUGCAUGGUUAUUUUGGUGGCAUCGUUGGCCGUGGUUGCCUUUGCCAAGGAGGAGAAAGGCACACCGAAGGCAGUCGAAGAGAAGAAACAAGACAAAAGGGGCAUCUAUGACAUAGGAUCUUAUGGAGGACAUAAUUUCGGAGGUAGCGAUGAAGGCUACGGCGGUCACGAAAGCUAUGGAGGGCACGAAGGUAUCAGCUUCGGUCACCAAGAAGGACACGACUUCGGAGGCGAAAGCUACAACUUAGGCGGACAUGGAGGCGGCGAGUACGGCAGCAGCGGCGGCGACUGGAAGCCAAUUGCCAGCGAAGGCGACUACCACCACGGUCAUCAUGAACACCACGAGCACAUCAAAACUGUUGAGGUGGUAAAGAAGGUGCCUGUUCCGUAUACAGUCGAGAAACACGUCCCCUAUACCGUCGAGAAGAAAGUACCCUAUGAGGUGAAAGUGCCCGUACCUCAGCCCUACACCGUCGAAAAGAAAGUUCCCUUUACCGUCAAGGAAUACGUCAAAUACCCAGUAUACGUACCUGAACCUUACACCGUUGAAAAGAAAGUACCUUAUGAAGUCAAGGUCCACGUUGACAAGCCUUACGAAGUCAAAGUCAAAGUGCCCACUCCCUACACCGUUGAGAAGAAAAUCCCUUACGAAGUGAAAGUGCCCGUUCCCCAGCCCUACACUGUCGAGAAAAAGGUCCCAGUUCCAGUGAAAUACGAAGUUAAGGUGCCCCAACCAUACGAAGUCAUUAAGAAAGUGCCUUACGAAGUCAAAGUACCAGUCGACAGGCCCUACAAUGUAUACGUGCCUAAGCCUUACCCCGUCCAUGUUGAAAAGCCCUACCCAGUGACCGUACACAAGCCAGUGCCCUACGAAGUUAAGGUCCCCGUUGACAAGCCCUACAAGGUCGAAGUAGAGAAGCCCUAUCCGGUCCCCGUUAAAGUGCCAGUACCAAAACCUUACGAAGUCAUCAAGAAAAUCCCUUACACCGUCGAAAAGAAAGUGCCUUAUGAAGUCAAAGUGCCUAUUGACAAGCCCUACCCGGUCUACAAGGAAGUUCAAGUGCCGCUCGUCAAAGAAGUACCUUACCCGGUCAAGUACCACGUCCCUAUCUACUUCAAGAAAGAGGAGGAACACCACCAACACCACCAACACCACGGAUGGCAUUGAGAUUCAUUAAAUCCGUUAGCUCACACCAGUACCUUUUAGGUUAAGUCGAAUAAAAAAAAAAAAUGUGAUUUUUUUAGUAUUUUUAGUGUUUAUUAUCGAAAUUUGGUCGCUCACGAUUUUGUGGUUGUGUUCUGUGUAUUAAUUGGUUGUUGUGAGCAUUAUUUAAGGCGACGUUUUCUCUGGUAUACAGAUCUCGGGAGUUCGUUACCGAGACGCGAAGUUGUGUAGUUGUAAUCUGUUAUUACUUUGUUAGCUUUUACAUGCUUGUUAUUAAUACGUAUUAGAAGUACACGUUACUUUAUUGAGGCUGAUUCGAAUAAAACAACGUGAAACGAU